UUGAGGAUAUAUUAAGAAUUUUCAAUAUCUGUUCGGCCUCAUGCUUUAAUUUUCAAUCUUUAUUAUGAUUAUACUAUAAAAACCAGUAGGUAAUAGUAAUAUGUUGAAGAGUAUUCGGUUUGUUUUCUUUGCGUAUGCAGAAUGACUACCGCACAUAAUUUCCGGAACAAAACAAAGAACGAAAAGACGGGUACGCACAAAACCCAUCAUACAAUGGCCCAAGAAGAGAUAUCAUCUCCCAUGACAGGCAUCUCAGAAAAUGAAGAAGAUGAUGAAGAUGAGGAUGGCUCAGACUUGGACCAAGAUGGUGCCUACAGGAAGAAUUCCCGUCAUGCCAUCACAGGGAGAGGGGUGACACUGGGGAUGUUACUGAAUGAUAGAAUAGUGGAGUCAGGGGAGGGACUGCUGUCCAUUGAUUAUUUGGGUAGAAAGUUCUCAGCAGACCUCCAGCCCAAUGGAAAAAUUUGGUGGCCAGAGGGCAAAAUGUCCUUCAACUCUCCCAGUGCUUGGGCCAUUCACUGCAAGAAGAUGGUCAAUCCAUCCAAGAAGUCGGGAUGUGGAUGGGCAUCGGUAAAAUAUAAAGGAAGGAAAUUGGAUGCCUGGAAGACAACUUGGUUUAGGAGACAAAAACCAAACAGUUUCCCAACACCCACCUUUAAUAAAGAGGAAUCUUCAGACGUAAAAGAUGAAGAAAAUGAGGAGAAUGGGACCGGACUUGAGGACCAAGAAUCAAAAGCUAAAACAAGGAAAACUAGUGAAGUAGACAAGACUGGAGAAGCAGAAGGAAGAAAAAUCUCAGUUAAACAUUCCUCAUUAGGAAAGAAGAGACAGAAUAAUGACCUUAACACCUUGGUUGAAUGUUCCACAUUUGCUGCCCAGGGGAGGAUCCAGCCAUUCACAAUUUCCAUUUCUUCAAACUGUCUUCUACUUUUGGAUUUCCACAGUCACUUGACCUGUAGUGAGAUAGUCGGCUACCUUGGAGGGAGAUGGGACCCAGUCAGCCAGCACAUGAGUGUCCAGCAAGCAUUCCCAUGUCGCUGUAGAUUGGGAGACCAGGAAAAUGCCAGUAAAGUGGAAAAUGAGAUUCGUCAGAACAUGGACCAUCGAGAUUUAAUGUUGGUGGGUUGGUACCACAGCCACACCACAUUCCAGGCUGACCCAUCCCUCAGAGAUGUGGAGAGCCAGCUCAACUAUCAGCUCCAGUUGAAGGGAUCAGGAAACUCCUACCAGCCUUGCCUUGGCAUCAUUGCUUCUGCAUAUGAUGUACACCAUUCAAGAAAAGAUACUAUAAUCAAUGCAUUUUGGGUGGCGCCCCCACCAGAGAACAAAAUGGAUGACUAUGGCAUGCCGAUGUCCAUGAAUUAUAGCAUCUCACAGGACACUUACAUCACACAAGAUAUUGUUAAUGAAUUGAAAAUGUUGGUGGACUAUUACCAAGAUAAACCAGAUAUGAUCAACUUCAGGGAGUUCUGGCUGCAUCAAACGACAUAUGCAGACAAACUGAAAUUAUCCAUGGCUAGGAAGUUUCCAAAAGACCAAUCAGAUGGAAGAUUCCUUGAGUACAUUGACAAUCUUCUUCUCAGAUAACUUGCAUUAUCAGACUACAAUAAUCUCAUGCACAUAACCAGUGAGAUGUGACUACUGAUAUUUUUAUAUUUAAGAAGAGAUAUCUCUUGUCACUAUUUCAGCCUCUAUGAACUUUCCUUGUUAGCACCAUAAAAAGUAAACAUUUUUCUCAAAUUCAUAAAAAUGUUAAGAAUUUAAACAACUUUGUCUGAAAACCAGCCUGUUUUAAGGACUCUAGGGAACAAUUUUUGAAUUUGUUACACACACCUGAAAGUAUGUCCUACCCUUGUGAAUAAACAAAAAACCAAAAAUGAUGUGGUUGUACACCUUUGUUUACAUGAAAAAAAUUGUAUAAAAACAACUGGAACUCCUCUUCAUAAGCACCCCCAUUUUAAGCUCAAGUCAAUCACAUAAUACAGUGUACCUCAGCAGUGUGUAAUGUUAAUCUGCCCUUAUGCCUACUGCUAAAGUAGGUGAGGAAAUAAAUAAGGGAGCAAAACAUCUCUUGGCAAAAGGAUUUUUUAUUCGGAUUUCCAUUGCCAAUCAAAAAAGGGUGAGGAAGUGUCUCGGUAGAGAUUGUCCAGGAAAUUGAAUAAUGUGCAUUCUCCCAUCGAUUGUUCUUUUGAUGAGAUAUUACAAGAGGAAUAUGCCAUAAACAAUAUUGAUUUCACACCUGCAGGAUGAUGGGGGCUUACCUUGUUAUAAUUAUUUCAGUUGAUAAAG